GGGGACAACAUCACCAAUAUUACCACCGCCGCGGCGCUAUCGAUAUACCUGCACCAGCCCUACAUAUAAUAAGCAAAACGCGUACAAUGUUAUUCAAGAACGUGUUGAAGUCGAAUAUUACGAUCCUACCUUUUUGAACGUUUCCUGCACUAACUACAAGUAUAACCGAACAACGGCAACGUUUAUCUUCACGAUGACGUAUAAGAUUGAUAUAACUGAAGGAGAUAUCUUUACGAUAACGGGAUACAAAUGGUUGAGUAACCGAUAUCGCCUGGACAUCCUGCAAUUCAAUGUGACAGUGAAAGAAGGUCUUCGCUUCAAGUACUUUGAUAUAGAUCGCCUGAUGCAUUCCUGUAUGAAACCUCCCGCCGACUGGCCGCUCAUUAAGGACGUCACAUAUACGCUAAGGAAUUUUGUGCCUGACGGUACUAAGUUCCCUCCGGGCAUGCCAGAGGGAAGGUGGAAACUAAGGGUGCAGCUUAUUACGGCAUACGGGAAACACUUAUUCUCUACCAACUGGUUUGGGCACAUAAAAUACAAGCUCAGAAUGGAAUCGAAAAGGCGUUAACCACAUAACAUGCGUUGUAACUAUUGCCGACACUUUAGAUACAAGUAGGACAGAUAAUUGUGGUAUUUUAAUGUUAGCAGUACUUAGAUACAAAGUUUUAUUAUUCUCAUUUCAUUUUUGAAGGAUUGCACACGUUUUUUAAUGCUACA